AUGCGGCUCCGCGUGGAUAUCGGGAAGGACCCUGUCUCCUCCAGGCGCCUUCUGGUGCCUGUCGACGGCUCGAGCACGGUCGCGGAGCUCACGAGGGCCGUGGAAGACCGAGAGCACAAGCGUCGCAAGACUACGGGGGAGGCAAGCAUCCAGAUCGGAGAAAUUCAACUGCGGGUGCAAGACGGGUUGUGCGAAGUAGACCCUGAUGACGUGCUCUCAGACCUGGUUGCCAACGAUAGCCAGGAUGCUGUCUUCGUGGCGAUCUGUAGCGAGAGCGGGGCCGGGGCUAGCGGGCAAGAGCCUGGGGGGGGUGCGUCUAAGUCGAGGACCCCGGCCGAGAAGAUGAUGGCCGCGGCGGCAGUGAUGAACGCCUCCGUGGCGGAGGCGAUCGAGGCCGCCAACGCGGCGGCGGCGUCCAUCGCAGCCUCGACAACCAACACCGGUGGUGGCGACGGAGGAGGCCAGCAGCAACAGGAGUCUGCCGUAGACGUCGUGAGCGGCGGCGGGAGCGGCGGCGGCGGCGGCGGCGGUUCAUCGGCUGGAGCGGCGAACGGGUUUCAAACGUUACCGAUGAGUGGCACGGCUGGCGCUGGAAGCGUUCCCCAUGCCCCUAACGGCAUCCCCAUUGCUUACGGGGCGCCGCCGCCCGCGCCCGCUGGCGGUGGCGGUGGCGGUGGCGGUGGCAGUGGCGGCGGCGGCGGCGGCGGCGGCGGCGGCAGCGGAGGUCCGCGAUUCCAGCCUCCGGUCCGCCAGUGGCAGGCCGCGGAGAAGCUAGUCCUCACCGCCUUCCAGCUGCAGGUGAACGAGCCGCUGGCCCAUCAAGAGGAAGCAAAGGCGUUCCUGACUGGCCUGGCCAAGGCCGCGGGGGAGCCGCCGGGCCCCGUGAUCGCUCUUGUGCGCGCCGUGGUCCAACCUGCCCCAUGGGGCUCGGGCUAUCUGGUGGCGAGCCGGCGCCAGCUGACCAACCUCUGCCAGAGCAACGGCACGCCUACGGGGUUCGACUGCCUCACCAGGUAUCUCCUUGGCAACCGCUACCCUCAGCCGACGGGGCCGGCGUCUAACAGCCGGGUCGGGCCGGGUUCGAACCGCGUGGACACUCCGCGGGUCCGGAAGUGCUUCUCGGCCCUUGCCGCCCAGGUGGGGAACCACCCGGACCGCGGGCAGCUGGACUACCACGCCCUCGGCGUCGGCAGGUGCGUCUUCACGCUCCGGAGGGCCCGCGUCGCGGCCCUCGCCGCCUCCGCCAACGCCGCCAAGCUCGGCGCGGCCGCCGCCAGGCUGGCACCGCCCCAGCCGCCGCCGCCGCCCCCCCCGGCCGCGGUGGCCUACCACAGCAACGUCCCUAUUAGGCUGUCGCCUCGGCCCGCCGCGGUUUACAUCAACAACGCUCCUGCUCCCCCCCCCGCCCCUCCCGCCGGGGUCGAUGCUGACGGCGGCGGUGGUGCCGCCGAGAAGGACAUCGACGUGGUUGCCGAAGAGGCCGGCGGCGGCGGCGGCGGCAGCGGAGUGCGUGGGGCACCUCAAGACCUGUUCCCUCGCCGACGCACUCAGUUCGAGUCGUUCCGAGGAGCGUUCUGCACACCGGUGUAGAAGUAUGGUAAUACGUUUAAUCGCACACUUAGUGUCUGCGAGUCGGUUGUGGCUUGAGAUAAGGAGAGUGUGUUCACGUGAAUGUGUUGUCAUCUAGGGAGUGGAUGAUCCAAGGGAACCACGCUAGCAGCACUGAAGAUGGAGGAUGGAUUAAAUGAAGCGGCCUGUGUAGAUACUGUUCGCUGGGAGAUGGCCGUCCAAUUUCGCGGACUGACUUGUUUUCUUCUGUUGUCUUGUAAUGCCAAGUCGUGUGCAUUAAUGCCCCGCUCUACACGGGCUCUUCUGAUUGUUGCUUUGUCUCCUUACAAUACGUUCCCAUGUGCAAGGAACACGCGACGUCGUUGUUUGGUCAUUUUGGGGGGGUGAAUGUUGGGAAUGUAGAGCGUAGCGAUUUGUUCUUAACUUCUUUUUUUUUUGGGCGUUGUUGUUAUUAAGCUCUCUGCUUCUCCUCGCGUUGCCCUUCUACCGUAAAUUGUGUAUAUGCAUAGGAGCCUCGAGUAGUGCUCCCUCUAGCCUCUGUCGCGCAAGCUCAAGCCCCAGUAGCUGUUUUCGAAAUUGCAACUACCUCUCCCGGUAACCUUCAAGCGCGGGGUUGAGAGAUUCGGCUUGCUUCGAAUCUCUCUGUACAGCUUACACGAGCUGGCAGUAAAAUGGCGACUGGCGUUGUGUGGAGAUGUGCGAGGGGAGCUUCGAGGCAGGCAGGCAGGCAGAGAAAGCAGCGUGAUCUGCUUGAUUGAGCACUUUACGUGCGUGGUGCCUCUCUGAUUAGCACCGCACACGCGUCAGGCUUAGGGUGCGAUGGAAAGACGUGCCGUGUUUUGUGCCCGCGCAGGAAACGUUCUGUGGCGUGUGAUGCUGCUCGCGUUGACAAGCUCGGGCACACGAUGUCGCGCGGGCCUAGAUACCUUUGCUAGCGAUGAGUUUGCAUUCAUUUGUGGGUUUGGGAUUUACCAUUUUCCUGUAGCAUGUGUUGAGGUCGUUGUUGCUCUUCCUGUCGCGUGGCGCGUUCAGUUGUGUAUCGGGCGAAUG